UUCCCAUCACUGUUACUGAAACCCUAAUAGAUUUCUGUUUCUCUCAGCAAAAGAUUACACAGAUAACUUCCAUGGAUUACUUCAAGAUUCUCCCUGCGGAUAUUACAGCAGACAUUUUAAGUCUACUUCCAGCGGAAUCGAUUUUGGAGUGCAAAUCAGUAUCAAAAACAUGGAAUAAUCUUAUUUCUCAUCGUCAAUCAUUCUAUCAGAUGUACUUGCAUCGUCUUCUUCAUCCUUGUGCUGGUUCUGGUUCUGAUUCUGGUAAGUUGGUUUUUCUUUCUCUGAAUAAGAUUGGAAACUUCCAUUAUUUUGAAUAUAACCAGUCAACAAAAUCCCAGAAAACUAGAAGGGUUAAUUUUGCUUCUCCGUUUAGGUAUCAUACUAGAUUUGCUGGUUCUUGUAACGGUUUGAUAUGUUUUGCUCAAGACCAAUUUGUUUGUAUCUGUAAUCCCAUCACAAGAGAAUAUGUUGUGCUUCCAGAAUUCAAGACAGGUUGUGAUAUCAAUUUUGGUUAUGUUUCUUCUACCAAUGAGUACAAAGUUGUAGGAAUAGAGUGUGAUUCCGAUGUAAAACUCCACAUUUACACUCUAGGCAGUGGCAAAGGAUGGAGAAACCUUGGAGAUUUCAAGUCUCAUGUCUUAUGUCUCUCUUACCGAGCGAUCUUUGCCAACGAAACUCUUUAUUUUCUGGACCAUGGAUCACAAAUGUUCAUAACCUUCGACUUGGCUGAGGAAAAGUUUGGUGAGAAUCUUUCACUACCUCGCGAGAUUUGUAGAAGAGGGGUAUUGGAUGGGAUUUUGUAUGUUGCUGCUGAGGUAGUUGUUAAUGGAGUCGAAUGUUAUGAUAUAUGGUUAUUAAAACAGAAGAGUGUCAAUAAUGAGACCAGUGAGCAACAAGGACUUCAGUCGUGGAGUAGAGAGUUUAGGGUUGGGGAUAAAGAAUUAUUAGCCGUUACCAAGAGGGGUGGUGUUUUAACUUACGUUGAUAACUAUAUCAAUAUGUACGACACAAAAACUUCAACCUCGAGAAGGCUUGUCAAGUUUAAUAAUCGUCUGAAUCGGGUAUACCCUCACAAGAACACCUUAGUGUCGUUGAAGGAAUUAGGGGAAGAAGAUAUAAAAGUAAUGAGGUCAAUUGAAAUUGAGGAGACAAAAAGCAGUGAGCAGCCUUCCAAGCAACUACCUCAACAUUUCCAUCACACAAAGUUCAACUUCAGAAAAGCUUGUGGACUUUAAGGAACGGGUUUGUCAAGUAUUCUCACAAAAACAUCUUUCUUUCAAGGAGACAGAAAAUCGUGAUUAGCCUUACAAGAAAUUGUAGAAAAACAAACUCUCAAAUACAUAAUUGUGAACUGGCAAUCUUUGUUGAGUUUUGGAAGUAAUAUUCAUCUCAUUCUGUAGAAUUUUGAGUUUCCUAAUGCUAUUGGUACUCUCUGUAGUGAGUUAUGUAGUGUAAGUUACUUUUAUUCCGUCUUUAUAUAUCGGUCCAUUUUCAUAGUAGUGUUUUUUACAUUUAGUUCAGCUAUAUUGCUUUGUUGGUUAAGCAUUUUGUUAGCGAUUCAACCUUAAACCUAUCUCAAAGGGAGAGUGUGAUGCAUAUGUCAGUGACUGGACCUUAUUUGCAUGGUAGAAUGUGAUUUAUAGGAUAGACUUAUUCCGUCUAUACUAGGAAGUCGAAUAAGUAUAUGCAGGAAAAAUAAAGAAAAGAGAACUCUGCUGACAUAUACAUUUCGCCUGGGUGUAACUGGAUCAGUCAUUGCCAACAUUUCAUCUCAGUAUGUCCUUUCUUAAGGUGUAUAGACAUGGAAAUGGCUUCAUAGAAACUUUGGAGCAUUUUAAUUCGAUGUACUUUUGUAUCGCAUUUGCAAUAUCAGGUAUAUUAUCACCAUUUUUAAGGUCUGAUUCAUCUGUAAGAGGGUUAUGUUAUUGCCACUAAAGAUAGAGAACCUGCAGUUUGCUGGCUAUGCAAAAUCUGGUCAGUAUUUGUCUUUUUUGGCACUGUUUGCAUCUUAUUUGAUGGUUCUCAGUUCUCUCCAUAUACGCCAAUUUCUCUUAGAUGUUGUGCAAACAUUUGCAUCUAGUUGAAUAUAAUCUGCUUAUUUCAGGUAGUUUUCUUUCUGGGAGGACUGUAGCUUCACUUGGGGCUGUGACGUUUGGGGCUUCCUUGGCUGCUCGUCAAUCACCAAUUCAUGUGGCAGGCAGCUUAUCAAAUAUGCUACCAAGUGUGUUUGGCAGUAUCUCUCCUUGCAGAUGUCAUUGCUUCAUUAGCUCAGGUAUUUGGCUAUGGUUGCAAGUUCCUACUCAGAAGGUGACUUCAGCAAAGUGAAAGAAAUAACAUUUCUCGUUUGAAGAACAAGUUCUUUUCAGACAGCACUUGUUAUGAGUCUUGCCUUCACUGUCAUACUGGGAGCAUCUGAUAAAAUUGCCUUGUUAUUCACCUAGGACGCAGAAGUUCUAGUAAUUGCUCAAUCUGGGAUACUGGUGAUACGCUGGCAGGUUUUACUAGGUUUGCCGUUCGUGCGGUUUGUUAGGUAUUACAACCAUAAGCUCAAAACUGGUGUCUGCUCUUCUUGCAAAGACGGUGAAAACAUAUCAAAGAUGAAACUUCCAUAUGCUUGUAAACUCCUAUUCCAAGAACUUCAGUCAAUGAAUAUUGUCCCUCUUUUGAAGCUUACUAAGGCCUCAUAGACGGGUCAAGAGGUCAUUUUCCGCAGGCAAUUUUUUUGUUAGAGACUCUGAAAAUUACUGCACAUGCGCACUGCCGAAGAAGAAUUAUCAGUGGUUAUAGACACCAAACAACAUACACAUGGAAAGGAUUUGUUUCCAUUAGUCAGUGACCAUUUAGAUCUUGUCACUUUUAAGCUUUCAACUUGUGCCGAAUUUUUUGGAAGAAUCGGCAUUAAGCAUUAGUUCUAUGAUUCUGGGGAAUUUUUGCUCGACACGUCAACUGUGAAAGGCCAAUUUAUAGUGGUUUGUGGAAGUAGGAACACCUACAUUUUUGUGUCCAUGAAUAAAAGCGCAUACCCUAUAGUUGGGGUGUCAAGCUCUUUUAGAUGCAAUUAAAACUAUUUUAAACAUUAAAACUAUUUUUGUCAUGUCAUUGAAGUCUUAAAAGCUGCCUUUUCACGGAAGCAUAAACAUUCUUAGUGAAGCACUACAUUUCAUUGUUUCUGA